GCGGGCGCGCGUCACGUGACCAGUCAUCUGACCUGCUCUCGCCAGCGGCGCUCGGUGGGCUCCGUCCGCUGUCGAUCAGUCGGCCUCUCCCAGCAGCCGAUGCCCUGGUGGGAGGCAGUGCGGGAUGGAGUGGCUGAUGGCUGGUGUGGAGAGGGACCUGGGCAUUGAGCGGAGGCAGCUGGUGCCGGCUGAGGGCAGUCAGCUGGUGGCCCUGGUGCCGGUGAGGUGGGUGGGCGCCCUGAAGCAGAGCUGGGCUGGCCCCUGCCCCAGGCCGGAGGGGGUGAGUGAGACCGAACUCUGCACCCUCUUGCAGCGUUCGGUCACCAAGCUGCCUAACGGCUGGACCAGGGUCUCCAUCCAGGGCCUGAGGAAGAGCCGGCUGGCCCGCUGGCUGCCCCAGGAGCCCCGCACCCCGGGCCCGGAUCUCGACUCCUACUGCAGUUUCAUGAGCCACGUGGCUGAACAGAACUACCGGAACCUGUGGCAGGAGGCUCACGAGCGGUACGCCAGGCCGGAGGGAGCCCCGGCUGGGCCCGGAUCCGAGACAGCAGUCUCCUCCUGUGUGCAGGCCCUGAAGGCCUCCCUCAGCAAGGUGAUGGCGUGCAACUUCGUCUGGGUGGGGCCCGGAGGCAGCCCCCAGCGGGAGGAAAGCCCACCCCCACCCUCAGGGACCCCCCACCCCAACCUGUUGCCCGCCGAGGCACUGCUGGAGUCGCCCGAGGCCUUGUACCUGGUGCAGCCCCUCCCCUGCUACACCCUGCGGGAUGCCCUCAACUUCAGCCCUGCCAAGCUGGCCAGCAGCCAUGCCAAGGUGCUGUUUGUGUUGUACCAGGCCCUGCAGGCCAUGCAGGCCUGUCACCGGGAGGGCCUGGCCUGCGGAGGCCUUUCCCUGGCCCACCUGACGCUGGACGACCGGCUCUUCACCCAGCUGCGCAUCAGCCUGGCCGACUACGAGGAGGCAGAGGGAGGAGGCCAGGGGGAGAGGGAGGGGGUUGAUGAGGAGAGGCUGGGCCGGGAGCCCCAGGAGCUGUGGGAACUGGUGACCGCCUGGGUCCACGGUCGGAUCAGCAACUUCACCUACCUGAUGGGGCUGAACCGGCUGGCGGGCCGCAGGUCUGGUGACCCCAACUACCACCCAGUGCUGCCCUGGGUGGUGGACUUCACCGCCCCCCAUGGCAAGUUCCGCGACCUCCGCAAGUCCAAGUUCCGCCUCAACAAGGGGGACAAGCAGCUGGACUUCACCUACCAGAUGACCAGGGAGGCAUUUGCGGGUGGCGGCCAGAGCGGUGAGAGGCUGCACGUGCCCCACCACAUCCCCGACGUGCUGUCGGACAUCACCUACUAUGUGUACACGGCCCGCCGCACCCCACGCGCCCUGCUCUGCCGCCACGUGCGCUCCCAGUGGGAGCCCCACGAGUACCCGGCCAGCGUGGAGCGCAUGCAGGCGUGGACACCGGACGAGUGCAUCCCCGAAUUCUACACCGACCCCACCAUCUUCCAGUCCAUCCACCCCGACAUGCCUGACCUGGAGGUGCCCGCCUGGUGCGGCUCCUACCGGGAAUUCAUCGCUGUUCACCGCCAGCUCCUCGAGUCCCCCGAGGUCUCACUCAACCUGCACCACUGGGUGGACCUCACCUUCGGCUACCAGCUGUCGGGCAAGGAGGCAGUGCGGGCCAAGAAUGUGUGCCUGCCGCUGGUCGACGCACACACCCACCUCACCAGCUACGGGGUGGUGCAGCUCUUCGACCAGCCGCACCCCCAGCGCCUGGUGGGGCCCAGCUGGGCGCCGGCGGAGCCGCCAGCCAUCGCCCGCAGACCGCAGCAGGUGCCCGGGCCAUUGGGGGAGCAGGCCCGGGUCUCCGGGCCAGUGCCCGAGGAGGAGGAGGGGAGGGAGCCGGUGGGCCCGGAGCCGGCGGGAGACCUGGAGGAGGGGACCGAGGCGCUGGAUUCCCUCUCGGCCUCAGAGGAGCCUCCCUCAGCUGCCGGCCCACUUCUGGGCCGGGCGAGCCAGGCCUGGGGCCCGGGCGACAGGGAGGAGGGUCUGGUGCUGCUGCCCGAGGGCUUCAACCCACUGCAGCCGCUGGAGGAGCUGGAGAGGCUGGGCAGCUUCCUGACCCGCGGCCUGCAGGGUCCCCCUCCCCCACCCCCGCCUCGGAACCGCCCCCACCCCCCCCACCUCUCCUGCCUGCUCCAGCGUGACAUGCAGGCCUUCGGCGCCUUUGUGGCCGAGAUCUUCUUCGCCCAGCAGCUGCGGCCUCUGGGCCCGGAGGCCUCUCUGGCUGACCGGCUGCAGGCUGUUGGCAGGCUGGCCCGUUCCCGGCUGCGGGAGGUGGCGGGGCCCCUGCAGCAGGCCGUGCUCACCCUGCUGCCGCCGGAGGAGGGUGCCGGGCCCGGCGGCUACCGCUACCUGCCCGUGCUGGAGGGGCUGCCCCCGCCCAGCCCCAGCCUGCUGCUCAGCCCCUGCUGCCCCACCAUCCCCUUCCCGGCCUACUUCCCCGGCCUGCACCGCCUGGCCUGCAGCUUCCGAGCCCCCGGGGAGGGCGCGGCGCUGGGCCGCGAGUUCGUCUUCUCGCUCUGGCAGCAGCUGGAGCGGCUGCUGGAGCUAGUGGAGCCCGAGGGCCUGGACAUACUGCUGCCCUUCGUCCUGGAGCUGCUGUCCGCCGAGGCCACUGCCGUCUACUCUGCCUGGUACCUGUUCGAGCCCAUGGCACGGGCUCUGGGCCCCCGUGGUGCCCAGCGCUGCCUGCUCGCCCCCCUGGCCGGCGUCUACGAGAGGCCCGGUUACCUGGCCGGCCGCUUCUACCUCUACACAGACUGCUUCGUGCUGCAGCUGGUGGUGAGGCUGGGCCUCCGCGCCUUCCUGGCCAGCCUCCUGCCCCACCUCCUGCAGGUGCUGACUGGGCACGAGGGCACCGCUGAGGGCGCGGGACUUGGGGGGGGGCUGGAGGACGAGACAGGGCCUGCCUACGGCGGCGGGGAGAGCAAGGCCGCCGCCGACUACCUGAGCAGCGGGCCCGAGCUGGUCGAGAGCGAGGAGCUGCCGGCGGGCAUCUUCCUGGGUGAGGCGGAGGCUGGGGGAGACGGCAGCGGCAGCAGUGAGGCCUCAGCGGACGAGCCGGGCCUGGACUCCGAGCCCAAGGAGGGGCCGGCCCUCCCUUCGCCUGCCGGGCAAGACCUGAGGCUGACUGAGGGCCCCCUGCAGCCCGAGGAAGAGGAGGAGGAGGAGCCGGAGGAGGAGGAGGGAGCGACCCCAGCGGAGGAUGCAGCCGCCCUCUGCCCCGGCCUGGCCGCCCAGGAGUGCGAGGUGCUGAGGGAGAGUGUGGAGGAGGAGGACGAGGAGCUGAGUGAGGGCAAGGAGCAGAAGAUAUUACUGGACACGGCCUGUAAGACGGUGAAGUGGUUGUCGGCCAAGCUGGGCCCCACUCUCAGCUCCCGGCACAUCGUCCGGAACCUUCUGCGCCUCCUUGUCACCUGCUACUUUGGUCCGGAGAAGCAGCAGUUUGUGGUGAAUGGAGAGGAGGACCUGCCGUGUGUGGGCAGUGUGUACAAGCACCGGCCAGUGCUGGGAGACGUGGCGGCGCGCCCAGUGCUGGACUGCCUGAUACACGUGGCCCAGCUCUACGGAGAGCCUGUCCUCACCUACCAGUGCCUCCCCUACGUCGCCUACCUGGUUGCCCCUGGCAACAACCGGCGGCUGAACAGUCGGAAAGAGGCUGGCCUGUUGGCAGCGGUGGUACUGAUGCAGAAGAUCAUUGUCUACCUGUCGGACACGACCUUGAUGGACAUCCUACCCAAAGUCAACCAGGACCUGCUCUUACCUGUGCUGGAUGUGCUCACCACCCCCCUCGCCAGCUUUCCGGGUGGGGCACAGGCUCGCUCUGUGCUGGGCGUGAAGACCCUCAGCCUCAUCGCCCUGGUGUGCCUGAGGAUCGGCCAGGAGAUGGUGACGCAGCACAUGAGCGAGACAUUGCGCCGCUUCUUCGAGGGAUUCUCCAUCAUCCCAGACCUGAGGGAGAAGAUGGGGCUGAGUGAAGGGUCCCCUGGUUGGUCAGGAGUGCCCGUGGCGGAUGUCGGUGGUGCCUGGGAUCUUGCUGCCCUCGAUGAGCUGGAGGAGGUGUUCAGCCUGGAGAUGGCCUUCUCUGCCUACAUCCCAUUCAACUGUCUGAUCGGAGACGCGACCAUCAAGCGAGUGUUGUGGAACCACGAGCUGGUGUGGCGGAUGGCUGCCUGCUACCAGGAGGAGGUCAGUGCUCGGGCUGCUGCGAAUCCAGCCACCCCCUCGCCGGACAGCAGUGACCUGUGUCCGGGGGACGGUGUGGGGGCCGAGGAUGGACUGAGCGGCACCUUCGGCAGCGCCAUGGUGGGGAACCGGAUCGAGAUCGGGCCGGGUGCGCCGCGGACAGUCUCCGGCUCGGCACAGGUGCGGCCCAGCUCCCUGCCCCUGGACACCCAGGAGCCUGGCUCCCUGAAGCAGGAGCUGGGGCGCAGCGGGCGCUGGCUGGACGGGAACUGGCUGGCGCACUGGCGGUACGAGGUGGGGCGCGGGCAGCUGGACCAGCACUUUCACUUCCACCAGAUCCGGCUGCAGACCUUCAGCGGGCACUCGGGGACCGUGCGCGCACUCUGCCCCCUGGAUGGAGAGGACUUCUUCCUCAGCGCGGGCCGCGACAAGACGGUGCGCCUCUGGCCUCUCUACAACCGGGGCGACGGCACCAGCACAGUGGGGCCCCGGCUCACCUACACCCAGCACCGUCGCGCUGUCUUCUCCGCGCAACAGCUGGAGGCUCUGCAGCAGGUGGCCAGCUGUGACGGCACUGUGCACAUCUGGGACCAGUUCACAGGAAAACCGAUCCGGAUAUUUGAUGGCUUCGACUCCCGGAACCCGAUCACGGCUGUUGCUGCCACACCUGCCCCUCACUGCAGCCUACUGGUUGGUACGUCCGAUGCUGUGCUGCACUUCAUCGACCCCCGCAAACCCGGCCUGCAGCACGAGUUCCGGCUGGGAAUGAGCACCAGUGCGGGGUUAAUCCGCUGCAUGGCCGUCAGCCCCAGCGGGCGCUCAGUGGCGGUGGGCUUCUCCUCAGGCUUCAUAUACCUGCUGGAUACCCGCACUGGCCUCAUCCUGAAGGUGUGGCCUGCCCAUGAGAGUGACAUCCUGCAACUGAAGUCAGCGGAGGGGAACGUGCUGGUCAGCUCCUCGACUGACCACUCGCUCACCGUCUGGAAGGAGUCCGAGCCGAAGCCUUUGCAGCUCUACAAGUCGCUCUCUGACCCCGUGCAUGCUUUCGAUCUCCACGGCAAUGAAAUUGUGGCAGGCACAGUGGCCAAUCGGAUUGGGAUCUACUCGCUGGACGGCUCAGUCCCCGUGGCCACCAGCAAGCUGAGCUGGGAGAACUUCCGUGGCGUGCUGACCAGCCUGGCAGUGCUCCCUGCCAAACGGCUGCUGCUGCUGGGAUCGGACAAUGGCAUGAUCCGGCUGCUGGCCUAGUCAGGUUUGGGUCACCCAUGGGUCGGGGGUGGGCUCCCCUCAGAGCAACAAUGAGGGAGCUUGGGGACCCCCUGCCCCCCAUCAAGCCCUGGGCUGGGGGAGAAAGCCCACCCUGCCCGCACACACUGACCCCGGUACAGCCACCACCUCUAGUCUCCCGCACAGUUCCGCAUAGGACGAUGGGAUGUGUGGUCACUAACGCACCCCCGGCCAGCUCCAUCCCACGCCGCAGGCCUUGGACCGGGAUGGGUCUGCGGUUAAUCCAGGGAUGGAGCAGGACCCAGCACUGGCCUAUGUCCGGCCGUGCCGGACGAGUUAUGGCUUGGGCUGUGGGAUCAGUUUCUGGGACCAGCCUUGUGACCAUCACUGCUCCAUCCAGGAGCCGCUCAACGCCACUGCCCCCAAGGUGACAGACCCCCACGCAUGGUGAAUGGGGCAGUGUUUGGGAGGGAGGGUCCAGCAGGGUUCCUUUCACAGAGACCACAUGCCAAGGGAAGGGGGGUGUCACUGGGUGGGCAGUCAGCCCCGAGGGGGUGAAGCAGGGGGCUGUGGGGGUUAGAAGUGUUUCUGACUGGGGGUAACCAUGACAACACCAUUUACUGCCUUAUUCCAUGUGGAGCGAGUUGGUGUGAGAGAGAUUCCAGGAAAGGUCAGGCCAGUCUCAAGGUCGGGGGGUGGGGGGAGGAUAGAGGGAGAGAAGGAGCUGUGUGUCUGCCCCAUGUACCUGGGUACUGCCCACCCCUGCCUGGGUACUGGAGGGGGGCACAGCACCCAGCUGUUACUGGUGCUCCCACCCAGAUCACUGCAGCCUGUGCACCUCUGCCCUGCAAUGCUUUGUUUCACUGACAGGGAUAUGAUGUGGUCUGUUCCCGAGCUCAGGAAAACCGUCACACCUUGCUGUCAGCCUGGCUCACCACCUCCCACACAGCGUCUGCUCUGUGCACACUUGCCCAUAGUGCACACUCCCUACACACUCACCACUCCCACACACGUGCACACCACGUACAUGCUCCCUGGCAUGUCCAUGCUCUAUGCACACUGACAUGUGUACAAUCUAUGCACACCCACUGUUGACACAAGUGCACCGCCGUGUUCUCUUUGCGCGCACAGUCUGCAGUCUGGCAUCCCUGACAUACCUAACGAUGGAGGUUCUGGGAGCUGGAGAGGGGAGCGGUGGUGGGUGGAGAGGGAGGUUCGUGUUCUGCUUUCUCUUCUGCUUCCAGUGAAUUGACCUCCUCCUUCCCUAGGGCAGUGCUGGAACCCGCAGCCCCCCCCCCACCCCUCCCCAUCUGCUCACAGGGUUGGACGGGAGGGGUUGGGCAGCUGACUCCCUCAGUGACUGGGUCAGACUGCGGCCUCCCACUCUCUGCACUCUCUGUGUGGCCUGUAGGAUCUCUCCAGAAAUGGGGCGAGGAUUCAUCUGUGAAUAUUUAUAAAUAAAUGAUCUGAAAACCCA